UCGGGCUCGGGCGCAGCCGCAAUGCCGGGCCGGGCCGUGCCGUGCCGGCAGGCGGAGGCGGAGGUCAGGGGUCAAGGGUGAGCCCGUGCCCGGCGGCAGCAGCAUGGCGGGUGGCGGCCUGGCGGGUGCUGCGGCGCAGGAUGGGCAGCUGCCCGCCCCGGAGCGGGUUCUUUUCCCGCCGACCUUUAGCCUGUCCGAGAUCAAGAACAAGCAGCGGCGGCACUUUAUGUUCCUGCGCUGGAAGCAGCAGCAGAGGAAGGAGAAACUGGCCGCCAAGAAGAAGCGGAAAAAGGAACGAGAAGCCCUCGGAGACAAAGCACCUCCAAAGGCCAUACCAAAGACGAUUGAAAAUCAGAGAGUGUAUGAUGAAACAAUUGUAGAUCCCAAUGAUGAAGAGGUUGCUUUUGAUGAAGCAACUGAUGAAUUUGCACCAUACUUCAACAGACAGACAGUUCCCAAGAUUCUUAUUACAACAUCAGACAGACCUCGGGGGAGAACAGUGAGAUUCUGUGAACAGCUCUCUACUGUUAUACCCAACUCACAUGUCUACUAUCGAAGAGGACUGGCUUUGAAAAGAAUUAUUCCACAGUGUAUUGCAAGGGACUUCACGGAUUUAAUUGUUAUUAAUGAAGAUCGCAAAAUACCAAAUGGUCUUGUUUUAAGUCACCUGCCUGAUGGUCCAACUGCUCAUUUUAGAAUGAGUAGUGUCAGAUUGCGUAAAGAAAUAAAGCGAAAAGGGAAAGAGCCCACAGAACAUAAACCUGAAGUAAUCCUGAAUAACUUUACAACACGACUUGGGCAUUCUAUCGGUCGCAUGUUUGCUUCUCUCUUCCCGCAUGAUCCUCAGUUCAUUGGAAGACAAGUAGCUACGUUUCACAACCAGAGAGACUACAUCUUUUUCAGAUUCCACAGAUAUAUUUUCAAGAGUGAAAAGAAAGUGGGACUUCAAGAACUUGGGCCACGUUUUACAUUAAAGUUGAGGUCUCUUCAAAAAGGAACCUUUGAUUCCAAAUUUGGAGAAUAUGAAUGGAUUCAUAAGCGCCGAGAAAUGGACACGAGUAGAAGAAAAUUUCACUUGUAAAAGACAGCGCUCUGCCAAUUGCCGGUGACCGGAAAUACAACUGCUUUGAACUAUGGAUUAUCUUAGGCUCCUAAGUAAUGCUACUGAACAGUAUCUGGCUGCAGAAAAAGACAAACUGCAAACGUUAAAACGUUCUAUAGGAGCACAUCAAGCAUCCUUCCUCCUACAGCUGUCGCUAACGACAUGACAACGGCAGUGACCCUUUCCAGUUCAUCAGGAAAAACUAUGGCAAUGCAGAGCAGCCUGUCAUUUAGCUAUCACUGAAGAUUUGCCAUGACUGCUGCUGUGCUGUAGAGAUGAGUUACACUUUGCAACAUCAAAGACGGUAAAUAUUUUGGUUACUCUCAAAAUAAAGUAUUCCUAGUUAUA